AUGGUUUCACUCUCUAAGAAGCUAACUGCGCCCAUAAUCAAAUCUUCAACCUUAAUCUCCACAGUCGCCAAGUUUCGCGAUGAGCAGCUCCCAUUCAUCCCCUUCUCUCAGCUGCAAAAAAUUAAACAACUUGAGUCCCAAGUCGUUUCCACUCUCGAAGAUUGCAGAAGCCCCUCCCAGAUCAAGCAAACCCACGCUUACAUAAUUCGAAAAUGCCUUCAUCAGUCCUCGUACAUAAUCGCCAAGCUCGUCCGAAUGCUAUCGAAAUUAAAUGUCUCCACGCGAUCCUAUGGCGUUUCCGUUUUCUCCGAGGUGAGGUACCCCAAUGCUUUUCUAUACACAGCUUUGAUUAGGGGAUAUUUGGUUGAUGGGAUGCUGAAUGAAUCGGUUCUCGUAUAUAACUCGAUGCGGGGAGGCGGUUUGAUUCCCUUGUCCUUCACUUUCGCGGCGUUACUGAAGGGAGCGGCGACCGAAUCGAAUGCCGAUUUGGGGCGGCAGCUUCACGGGGAGAGUGUGAAAUUGGGUGGGUUUGGUGCGGAUUUGUUUGUAGUUAACGCUUUGAUGGAUAUGUAUCUGAAAUGCGGGCUGUUGGAUUGCGGGAGGAAGCUGUUCGACGAAAUGCCUGAACGAGACUUAAUCUCUUGGACUUCGCUCAUUGAUGCUUAUUCGAAGGCGGGGGAGAUGGAUUGCGCCGCUGAGCUGUUUCGUAUCAUGCCGGUGAAGGAUAUGGUGGCGUGGACGGCGAUGGUGACUGGUUUUGUGCAGAAUGCCAAGCCGAGGGAGGCGUUGGAGUGCUUCGAGAGAAUGCAGAGUGCGGGUGUGCAGACUGAUGAGGUCACGUUGGUCGGAGUUAUAAACGCGUGUGCUCAAUUGGGUGCGGACAAGUAUGCCGUUUGGGUUAGAAAUGUAGCUGAGAGCUCUGGUUUUAGCCCUGCAAAUGACGUUCACGUAGGUUCGGCAUUGAUUGAUAUGUACUCGAAAUGUGGGUGCUUGGAGGAAGCAUAUGAUGUUUUUGAAUGUAUGCAAACGAGGAACGUCUACUCCUACAGUUCCAUGAUCAUCGGUUUUGCAAUGCACGGCCGUGCUAGCUCUGCAAUCGAGCUGUUUGAGGAGAUGGUGCAGAUGAAUGUGAAGCCCAAUGCGGUCACAUUCUUGGGAGUUCUCACUGCCUGCAGCCAUGGUGGUUUGCUCGAGCAAGGGCAGUCCUUUUUCGAGCAAAUGGAGAAGGCAUACAGUAUCGCACCCUCCGUGGAUCAUUACAAUUGCAUGGUGGAUUUGCUGGGAAGAACAGGACGAUUGGAGGAAGCUCUGAAGCUCAUCAGAACUAUGCCUAUGGAGCCCAAUGCCGGCAUCUGGGGAGCUCUCCUCGCAGCUAGCCGCGUGCAUGGUGAUUCCGAGAUUGCUGAGGUUGCAGCACAGCAUCUCUUCAAGCUCGAGCCUGCCAAUAUCGGGAACUACAUACUGCUACGCGAUGCUUAUGCAAAAGCAGGGAGGUGGGAAGAUGUGUUGAGGGUGAGAAAGAAGAUAAGGGUGAAGGGGUUGAGAAAGAAUGGUGCUGCUGCGUGUAGUUGGGUUGAAGGGGAGAAGGGAGUGACUCAUGAAUUCUACGCAGGCGAUUCGACACAUCCGAGAAACGAAGAGGUGAAGGAGGUGUUGGAGAAGCUGAUGGAGAGAGUGAGAGGGGAUGGAUAUGAGGCGCAGGUGAGCGCUGUGGUGUAUGAUGUGGAAGAAGAGGAGAAGAGGCGGAUUUUGAUGAAGCAUAGCGAGAAGCAAGCACUAGCAUACGCGUUGCUGGUGGGGAGUGAGGGUGCUAUAAGGAUUGUGAAGAAUUUGAGGAUAUGUGAGGAUUGCCACAUGUUCAUGUGUGGGGCGUCGCGGGUGAUUGGGAGGGAGAUAAUAGUAAGGGAUAAUUUGAGGUUUCAUCACUUUCGUGAUGGCUCAUGUUCCUGCUCUAACUUCUGGUGAUCCAUCCACACACAUCGUUCGUCUAGGUUUAUCCAAGCCCACGCAACCAACUUGGAAUCACUGCGUCUACUUUACAUAAUACUGUAGUCUUUCACGUAUAUUCCGUAAGCAUAUUCUCCCGUGAGGUCUAUCCCACCCCACCCUGCCCUAUCCAAUCCGGCUUAUUCCUUUUUGCUUUUUUUUUUGUGAUUUCAAGAUUUUGAAUAAGAUAUACUAUAUUUAAAUGGUA